AUGGUUUUGCCAUCUUCAACACCGUUACAAACCACCGGAAAGAAAACGAAUUCCUUGCCGGAAUAUAACUUUCCGGUGAUUGAUUUCUCUUUAAACGAUCGGUCUAAACUAUCGGAGAAGAUUGUGAAAGCCUGCGAGGUUAAUGGUUUCUUCAAGGUGAUAAACCAUGGAGUUAAACCGGAGAUAAUAUCGAGAUUUGAGCAUGAAGGUGAAGAGUUCUUUAAUAAACCGGAAUCGGAGAAGCAACGAGCCGGUCCGGCGAGCCCGUUCGGUUACGGAUGCAAGAACAUCGGGUUUAAUGGAGAUUUGGGUGAGCUUGAGUAUCUUCUUCUUCACGCAAAUCCAAUAUCUGUUGUUGAUAAAUCUGAAACUAUCUCCCAUAAUGAUCCCUUCAAGUUCAGCACGGUGACGAAUGAUUACAUACGCGCGGUUAAAGAUUUGGCAUGUGAGAUCAUUGAUCUAACGGUGGAGAAAUUGUGGGGCCAGAGAUCGAACGGCGUUGUGAGUGAGUUAAUCAGAGACGUACGUAGCGAUUCGAUCCUACGGUUGAAUCAUUAUCCACCAGCACCGUUUGCGUUAAGAGGCGUUAGUCAAAUAGGUUUCGGAGAGCAUUCUGACCCUCAGAUCUUGACGGUGCUAAGAUCUAACGACGUAGAUGGACUUGAGAUUUGCUCACGUGACUGCUUGUGGGUCCCGAUUCCGUCUGACCCUACAUGCUUCUACAUUUUGGCAUUGACGAAUGGGAAAUUCACUAGCGUGAGGCACAGGGUACUGGCGAACACGGCGGGGAAGCCACGCAUGUCGGCGAUGUAUUUUGCGGCGCCGCCUUUGGAAGCAAAAAUAUCACCGUUGCCGGAGAUGGUAUCGCCGGAAAAUCCACGGCGGUAUAAUUCGUUCACAUGGGGUGACUACAAAAAAGCUACAUACUCGCUACGUUUAGAUGUCCCUCGUCUCGAGUUUUUCAAGAAAUCAUAA